UUUCUCAUCGGCAGCUUCCAAGUCCCAACAAGAUCAGGCAGCAGGUGUUGUUACCUACUGAGUCUCCUGGAGGAAAAGUAGGGUAUAUAUCCAAGAAUAAACAGAACCCCAUUAUGGUCCAGCGCCAAAGGAGAAUUUGCUGUCAGCUAAGUAGAUUUCACCACAGGGAAGCUGGGGGGCGGGGGAGGGGACGAAAUACUAUGCUUCUCUCCACCUUCGGCUGCCAAAAUGUCUUGGGCCAGUCGUGGUUCCCGGAAAGAUCCGCGGACCGAGCACCAAUAGCCGGCCUUUGGAUCCGCCUGCGGCGGGGCUUUAAUACAGCCCGCCAGCGGACGAGCAGCGCAGGCAACUUCUGUCUGAUCCGCCGUUUCUCUCGCGCUCCAAGCGGCCUCAAGACUCCUCCUCCUGCAGGUGAAUUACUCGACGUCCGCCGGCUUCGCGGUUGCUAACAAUGCGCUGCCGCCGCUCCUGCGCACUGGAGAAAAGGGGAGCAACACAACUAGGAGGAGGAGGAGGCGGCAGCGGCAGCGGCGGAGGGAGGGAGAAAAAGAAACGGGGAAGGAAAAAAGAGAAAGAAAGCGAGAGCGGAUCUACUCCCUCCUCCUGCCCCUGCAGCAGCCGCCGCCGCCACCGGUCAGCCCGCAGCGUGCAUUCAGCGCCGCUUUCCCACGGAAGCAGCUUCUCCUCCCUCUGCUUUCCUCGGUCCGUUCGGCCCCGGAGAUCGAAAGGAAGGCCGGACGAGCCAACUGCAACGGGACGCGGAGCUGUCAAGCGGACUUGCUGCUCCCUUCUGGAGAGUUGGAAUGUGUAGUGCAUUUUCUGUAAGUUAUUAAGAAACAAGGGAUUUCAACCGGUAAAGCUGAAGAAUGCCAUCUGAAGUGUGCCUCAGUAUUCAAGAUAUGCUGACGGGUCAGAGACUUUGCCAGUCCAGUUCUCAUAAUGAUGCUGUCCUAGCAGCUCUGAACCAACAAAGAAAUGAUGGAAUACUCUGUGAUAUAACCCUGAUUGCUGAAGAGCAGAAAUUCCAUGCUCACAAGGCUGUGCUAGCAGCAUGCAGUGAUUAUUUCAGAGCGAUGUUCAGUCUUUGUAUGGUUGAAAGUUGUGCAGAUGAAGUGAAUUUACAUGGCAUCACAGGAAUAGGCUUAAAGCAAGCUCUGGACUUCGCAUACACUGGACAGGUUCUUCUGGAGCCAGGAGUGAUUCAGGAUGUGCUUGCUGCAGGAAGCCAUCUCCAGCUGCUAGAGAUGCUUAGUUUAUGUUCACACUAUCUUAUUCAGGAGUUAAAUAGCUUUAAUUACUUGGACCUCUAUAAACUUGCUGAUCUCUUCAAUCUAAAUCUGCUGGAGAAAGCGGUGGUUGACUUUUUAGUGAAACAUCUCUCAGAACUACUAAAUAACCACCCUGACGAAGUCCUGGCGCUGCCAUAUUGUCUCAUCCAAGAGGUUUUGAAGAGUGAUCAACUCACAUCACUCAGUGAAGAACAAAUCUGGCAGCUAGCUGUGAAAUGGCUAGAACACAACUGCCGAUAUCAGUACAUGGAUGAACUUCUACAGUAUGUUCGGUUUGGGCUUAUGGAUGUGGAUACGCUGCAUACGGUUGCCCUCUCACACCCCCUUGUCCAAACUAGUGAAACUGCAACAGCACUUAUCAAUGAGGCUUUGGUCUAUCAUCAAAGUAUUUAUGCACAACCAAUUUGGCAGACCAGAAGGACGAAACCCCGCUUCCAGUCAGACACUCUUUACAUCAUUGGUGGAAAAAAACGGGAAAUCUGCAGAGUUAAAGAGCUCCGAUACUUCAAUCCUGUGGACCAGGAGAAUGUUCACAUAGCAGGGAUUGCAAACUGGAGUGAGCUGGCUCCCAUGCCAGUAGGAAGAAGCCACCAUUGUGUGGCUGUAAUGGGAGAUUUCCUUUUUGUGGCAGGGGGUGAGGUUAAACAAGCCACUGGCCGCACAUGUGCAGUACGGACUACUUGUAGAUAUGACCCCCGCAAUAAUUCCUGGGCAGAAAUAGCUCCAAUGAAGAAUUGCCGGGAGCAUUUUGUACUUGGGGCUGUGGAUGAGUUUCUCUAUGCUGUGGGAGGCAGAAAUGAGCUGCGUCAAGUUUUGCCAACUGUUGAACGAUACUGCCCUAAGAAGAACAAGUGGACUUUUGUUCAGUCCUUUGACAGGUCCCUGUCCUGUCAUGCAGGAUGUGUUGUGGAUGGUCUUCUUUGGAUAUCAGGAGGAGUAACAAACACGGCGCAGUAUCAGAACAGGCUAAUGGUGUAUGAUCCAACCCAAAAUAAAUGGCUUAGUCGUAGCCCCAUGCUACAGAGGAGAGUCUACCAUUCCAUGGCUGCUGUUCAAAGGAAACUAUAUGUUUUAGGUGGCAAUGAUCUCGAUUACAACAAUGACAGAAUUCUUGUCCGCCACAUAGACUCCUACAGCAUAGAUGCCGAUCAGUGGACGCGGUGUAGUUUUAGCAUGUUGACAGGCCAGAAUGAAUCUGGAGUGGCUGUGCACAAUGGUAGAAUAUAUUUAGUUGGUGGCUACUCGAUUUGGACAAAUGAACCCUCAGCAUGUAUCCAGGUGCUGGAUGUUAGUAAGGAAGGAAAAGAAGAAGUUUUCUAUGGGCCUACCCUGCCUUUUGCUUCAAACGGAAUUGCAGCCUGUUUUCUUCCAGCUCCUUAUGCCACAUGCCCAAACCUGCAACCUUUGCAAGUACCUCAUCACAAGAUGGGCAGCGUGUGAGAAAAGGAACCUGGCUACAAGCUUCCUCAUUCAUCCUGAGUUUAUCUUUACAUCAACGAAAUUGAAUGGUUGUGGAAUCCAACCUUGUAUUAAGUGCAGAAGCCAAAAAGCAACAAAAGGCACCAGAAUUACACCAAUCUCUGGUCUUCAAGUGGCUUUGACCAUGUUUGCCUAUUACGAAUCUUUCUCCAAGUAUCCUGAAAACUUUUUUUUUUUUGCACUUUUAUCUAAUCCCUUGCUCCUGUUUCUGUCAUUUUUGCUGCCUUGCAAAAAAAUAUAUGAAGAAAAUUCAAAGAAUUCUACUUUUCAAAAUGUGGGCUAACAAGAGCUUGGGCUGCUGAAGUCUUGAAGGCGGCUUUUUUUGGGGUGCUUGUCUUUGGAAUUAGAAACACUGAAAAUAUAUACUGUUGGGUCAACAACUCUUACUUGCAAAGGUGCUUGUAACCUUCUACUGGCUAUUUCUCAUACUUGCCUCACAAUCAGAGAGGGGCUAAAAAACGGGACAGUCAUGUAGAUAUUGUUUCAUCUGUAGAAAAGGCAGACAUGUGGCACUAUAACCUAAAGGAAGUCUCAUAAAGCAGGGAGGAGUGAGAACAUGACUUGCUACUUGGACCCAGUACGUUACCUCGCAUUGUUGUCUCCUAAGUGGUAUUUGGAAACCAUAAUUUGUUAACAUGUUGGAGAAAAAAGAUUUUAAUUUUACCAUUUUCACUUGUAAACGCUAAUACCUAAAUAACACCCUGAAAUUUUAAAAUUAAAUUUUUUUUAAAAAAAGUACUACCAAACUUGUCAGAGCAAGACUAUUGCUUUAAAGGAGUAAAACUGUAGGGGAUGUGCAAAAAAUGUUGAAUUUAAAUUGAUGUAAAUUUGCUUCAAGUUCGAAAUGAGCUAUAUCAACCACCACUGGAAGUGAUUUGAGCAGAGGUGGCUUCUAGGGUGAUAAAAACAACUUAUUUCAAAUUUGGGGGGAAAAAUUGAACUCAAAACAGGGAAUUUCAGUUUCAGAAGUCUUGCAUUUGAAGUAUUUUGCACACCACUGUAAAGCUGAUUGCUGCCUGUUCCAAGUUUUCUCCAAAGAGAUAGUUUGAACAUCUGUGCUGGACAAUUUUGAAUUUAUAUUUUCCAGCUUUUGAUGCUAUCUUGUAUAGUUACUAGAUGUUUAUGAACCAAUUCUUCAUGUUUUCAUAACUGAAAAUACUGAAGGCAAUAUUUUCAUCACUCAUUUACAUAUAUUUUGGGUUUCUGUUGUUUGAGGUACCAUUACAGCAAACAAGCGUACUAAGGCAGACAGACAAGCUACAGCCAAACAAGUGUACCAAGAAAUGCAGUAAGUGCAAGACUGGCUGGGGGUUUACUUCACAAGCAAUGAAACAAAAUGCCCCAGUGCUUUCUGGCUACAAAAGAAUCCCAACUUAAUUUACAACAGCAGUCAGCAACCUUCUGAGUUGCAAAAUCUUAUGCAAUUUUUGGUAACCUGAUCCUGAAAAUGUAGAAUUCUCAUGCAGAAUCUCACAAGAUUUGGCAGUUGUAUGGUUUUGAGUAUUUCAUUUUUUAAAACAAUUAUUUGGAUAAAAUGCAAGGGUAUGUGAACCCCCCGAUGCCCACAGGUGCUGUCCAUGUCUUGAGAAAACCAGAUGUCACAAUUAGCAGUUAACAGGUUUUGCAUAAUUGAAACACAGAAAACUAAGAAGCCUUCUUGAAACCUAAAUCAAACCUAGUAAAUUUGUGGAAAUGCCCACAUUACAAUCUAUAUUAUUUCCUCACAUUUCUCUAUUAAGUAGUCAGGACCAUUAUGUGUGGCCAGACUUUUGGCGUGUAGAAUACUCAUACACCCCCCCUCCCCAGUUUCUAUGACAGCAUAAUUUGUCUUCCACCAUCUUGAAGCACAGAAACAUCUAAUCCACUGGUAUCUGCUUUUUGACUGACGGCAGCUCCCCAGGAUGUCAGAUGGAAAAAAGCCUUUCGCUACUUGAGUCUUUAAGAUACCAGGGAAUGAACCUAGAUCCUUCUACAUUCAAACCACUGAGACACACAUCCUCCUCUUCAAGGAGCAAUGAUGACUAUAAAAGAAAAGUAGAGGAUAGAAUGUGGCUGUAAUAUCCUAAUUUUUUUUUCCUUUUAAAAAAAAUACUACCAACAAGUGUUAGUAUGAGCUUGAGGUCUGUGAGAGGGUUUCAGUGUCUGAAAAAUAAUUAAUACAAUUAUUUAUUAAUUCAUGACUCAUGUUUUUUCUAAGUUAUGUAGGCAUUAUGAUUUCCGUAUUACUGUGUUAUGAAUGCCUGAAUCUUGAAAAAAAAAAAGGAAACUGCCAUUUUACACUUCUCACUUUCUGUUUAACAUAUGCAGUAUCUACUAUAAUAUUUUUUUAUCAUUAAUAACUUCAUGUCCAAUUUCCUUCACAUUUUGAAAUUCUAAGCUACAAAGAGACACCACAUUGGCAAUUAACUGUGUUACCCACUAUAGAUUCAUAACCUGCAUGCUUGAAUACACUAACAGGUAUAAAACAAUCAAUAUAUGAAGAAUUUCAAACAAUGUGCCUCCAUUCAACAUCACUGACAUACGUGCAUAGUCUACAAUAAAAAAUAACA